AUGUAUACACUUGUGAUAUUUCUAUAUAUUUUGUGCUUGAAUUACAUCACCUCUGGCGCUGCAUAUCCCUGGCAAGCUCAUCAUGAAGGCUAUGAUGCUAGCCUAGACCCGGUCAUAUGGUCGCGUGCAUUCGUCAAAGAUAACAUACGCAGAUCCAGACAGUUUCCUGCGCUACCUCCAUCGACAAUUGAAAAUAAUGAAAUUCUAUUAAAUGAUAGAUGCGACGAAUUUGUACAGCGUUUCAUUGAUUCGAAUCACGCUGCAAGUGAUAUUUUGCGUGAUGAAAAGCGACGUGCAGAGAAUUCUUUCGGCCGACACAGAUCAGGUGUGCAGCUGGAAAGUGAUUGGAAUACAGCUGCCAGUUAUGAGCGCCGAUCAAGCAGUAAACGCGAAUCCAACUUAAAUCGUUCGAAGUUACAACAUAGAAGAAAACGCAAUCACAUACGUUAG